CCUGCAUACAUCGACGUUGGUACCUUAUGGGUUUUCUCUAGGCUGUGAUUCGCAUUUUCCAUCCAAGCGCCUCGAAGCCCACCUCUCGAAUAUGCAGCAAAUGAGUCCUCACCGAAGCGUUGAGGACGCAGAUGGUGCCGGGGAUCCCCCGGCUGCAAAGAGGCCUCGAGUCAGCGCACCACGCAGUGCGUAUCCUCGCAGACGGGCUGUGGCGGCCUGCCAGCUCUGCCGCAUGAGAAAGUCUAAAUGUGACAACCAGCGUCCUUCUUGUGGCACAUGCACUUCACUGCAAUUCCAAUGCGUCUAUCAGGAUACCUCCACAGACUUUUCCUCGUUUGACCCGGCGAGCCUUGCCAUUCUGGAUCGCGUAAAUUAUGCUAUCCGGCUGAUAGAACAAAGCCCCGGCACUCCGCGCACUUCAUUUCCCGACACCCCGGGUGGUGCGAGAAACGUCCCACAGGAGUCUGGGGAAAGUGCCGGCUCUAAUUUGACGCUAACAACAUCUCCCAGCGAAACGAUUUACAAGAGUACAGAAUAUACAUUUUUGCUAGAAGCACAGCAGCUUCAGGCAAAGUGUGCGAGCGGCCGUGUUUUAAAAUGGCCCUCUCUUAGUGGUCUUUGUGACCCGAACGAACUCGACAAGUUGUUCUUCAACCCGUCCUGCCCUGAAGAGACCGUGGAGCAAGGAGUGUCAUCUAGGGGUCGUGGAAUUCGCGAGGAAGACGUUCCUUUACUUGUUGAGAAUUUCUUGGAAAACGUUCACACGAAGAAUCCAAUCCUGGACCCCCACGAGCUGAGAAAUCUGUCUCGCCGUAUCGAGGAAGAUGGUUUUCGAUGGGAUGGACCGUCCUGCUUGAUUCUUAUCACAUGUGCCUUGGGAACAGUCGCCAGGCCUUUCUGUCUUGAUACUCCGGGACCUCAAGAUAGGUCCCAUCAGGACGGCCGCGACUAUGUUACUGCCGAAUCAUACUACAAUGCGGCACGCAAGCGAAUCGGCUUACUAGGCCCUUCGAUAAUCGCUAUUCAAUGUGCGUUCCUCGUCGGUGUUUACGAAAUGUAUACAAUGCGACCCCUACGAGCUUCACUAUCGUUCAACCGAGCCUGUACCUAUUUUCAAACCCAUCUGAAAUCCUCAUCAUUCAACCAGUCUGUUGAACAGUCAUCGGAGACAGUCAGAUCUCGCCUUUACUGGUCCUGUCUGAAGUCAGACUGUGAAAUGAGAGAGGAAAUUGCGUUGCCACCAACAGAAUUGGCCAAGGUAGAAUAUUCCGAUGCCUUCCCUUCUCCCCCGGAGAGUGUAUUGUAUCCAGAUGGUGGAACUCAAGUCGGAUCAACCACAAAUUUGGCUGCCAGCUCGGAACGCAGUUGGUACUAUUACUUGUCAGAGGUUGCAGGCCGGCGAAUGCUAAACCGCAUUACUGCCACACUGUACCCUUUGGACCCAGACGAAUGGACAAAAAUGCCUAUCCAUAACCUUCAGCGCAUUGCUGAGGAGCUCGAUGCUCAGGCCGUUCAAUGGCUGGAGAACUUUCCGCCCAUGUUCCAAUCUAAUGGCGCCGACACUGCAGAUGAACUAUCAUAUUUCCUCCACGCGCGGUACCUAGAUCUCCGUGAGCGAAUUUGGCGACCCUUUUUGUAUUUGGCGGCACACUCCAGCCCCCGGGAUCCGAAUAUGCCGAUAUAUGCGCAGAAUGCUAACCUAUGCCUGGAGAAUAUCUCUAACCAUCUCCGCAAUUGUUUCACUAGACAUAGGCACCAUGGAUCCUGGUUUGCAGCACGCAAUCUUUUUACCAAAGGUCUCCUGGUGCUGGUGGCUGCGAGGAGCCAGAACAUUGCGAUGCCUUCAGAUUGGACUACAAUGAUGGACAAUUGUAUCGCGGGCAUCGCAUACUGGGAAGACGAAGCCCCAGAUUUGCGCACUGCAAGACUUGCUCUUCAGCAUAUCUACCAGUCGGUUAACCCGCCCGUACCAGCAUUUGGAAGCCCGACUCAGUAAAUGUAUGCACUAGCCUAAUGCAUCUUGGUUCGUUUGGUUAUACUUCGGCUCGCUGCUGGGACCCACCUGGGCAAGCCUGCCGGGGAGACACGGACUUAACGCCAUUUCUUGCGGGGAUAGCAGCCGCUUCUCCGCAUACAACGAGGCUGAUGCUUCGGGACAUCUUACACCGUACACUAUCCAUGCUGUCUUGGCUCCCUUCGUAACCUCUAUGAGAAGUGGGGUGCUCACCGAUAAGCUUGUCAUAUAACCUGACCAUAGCCCGACUUUAAUAUUGCUGGAAGCCCUCCACUUUUACUAAACAAACCGAAAGUCCGUCAAUUUCGUCCUAUAAACGAAUUAGCCCUAAUAACGAAGUACAAUGGGUUCUACCGACACUCGCCUUCCGACCCUCCGUUGGGGCAUAAUCG